AUGUCCUCUCGCCUGGUUGCAGCUCGUCUGGCUCGCGUCAACGCAGCUCGAGCACCAUCAUCGACUGCGCCAUCAUCCAUUCUCGCUCAUCUCAGUCUCUGUUCGAGAUCCGGCCGUGUACCUCCUGCGCUCGCCGCUCCCUCCACUGCUACAAUCAGGAUGAGCUCCACAGCUGCCACUUCGCUCAACCCACAGCCUGCUCCACUGCGUGUUCAGCCUCCUACCGCACAGCAAGAACAGGCAGACUAUGAAGCUGCAGUGAAGCAGGUGCAGGAAUGGUUCGACAGUCCUCGCUUCAAAGGCAUCAAGCGUCCGUACGGUCCCGAGGCCGUCGUCUCCAAGCGCGGCUCAAUGCCCGUUCAACCGCCUGCGUCCUCGCUCACCGCCGACAAGCUCUUCGCCCUUCUUUCCGAGCAUGCAGCAAAGGGAACUCCUGCACACACCAUGGGUGCUAUCGACCCUGUUCAGCAGUCACAGAUGGCUCACAACCAAGAGGUAGUCUACGUCUCGGGCUGGGCGUGCAGUUCCGUGCUCACCACGUGCAACAACGAGGUCGGUCCGGAUCUUGCAGACUACCCCUACACUACCGUCCCGAACCAGGUUCAGCGUCUCUUCAAGGCGCAGCAGCACCACGAUCGAAAGCACUGGGACGAGCGAUGCCAGCUCACUCCCGAACAAAAGGCAAAGACGCCGUGGGUCGAUUACGUGCGACCUAUCAUCGCCGAUGCCGACACUGGACACGGUGGUCUCAGCACCGUUUUCAAGCUGGCCAAGCUCUUUGCUGAGCAGGGCGCUGCCGGUAUCCACCUCGAGGACCAGCUUCACGGCGGCAAGAAGUGUGGUCACCAGGCAGGAAAGGUGCUGGUCCCUACUUCGGAACACGUCAACCGUCUCACCGCUACUCGCUUUGCAUGGGACAUCCUCGGCUCGGCCAACAUCUUGAUUGCUCGAACCGACUCGGAGUCGGCCAAGCUCAUCUCUUCUAGCAUCGAUGCCCGCGAUCACGAAUUCAUCAAGGGUGCUUACAACCUGCCCGAGGGUACCCAGAGUCUCGCAGAUACGCUUGCCUCCAAGGAAGCGGCAGGGGCUUCGGGCCCCGAGGUGGAUGCAGCCGAAAAGGCGUGGAUGGACAAAUGCGAGCUGCUCACCUUCAACGAAGCUGUCGCCAAGCACAACUCUUCCAACAAGCAAGGUGUCGAGGCCUACGCCCAAAAGGUCGCUGGCGGCGUCUCGAACGGCGAAGCACGCGCCAUCGCCAAGGACAUCUUUGGUGCCGAAGGUGUCCCGACAUGGUGUUGGGAUGCUCCUCGAACCAAGGAAGGAUACUACCACUUCAAGGGUGGUGUCGCACCUGCCAUCAAGCGUGUCAAGAUCUUUGGUGCCUACGCCGACAUGCUCUGGCUCGAGACCAAAAUGCCUGACCUCAAGCAAGCUCAGACCUUCGCUGCCGACAUCCACCGCGACCUGCCAGGCAAGUGGCUCGUAUACAACCUCAGCCCAAGCUUCAAUUGGAGCGCCCAUGGAUUCUCGGACCAGGACCUUAAGAACUUCGUCUGGGACCUCGCCAAGUCAGGUUUCGUCUUCCAGCUCAUCUCGCUCGCCGGUCUUCACUCGACGGGCGCCAUGACGUGCGAGCUGUCGCAGCGAUUCAAGACCGAUGGCAUGCUUGCUUACGUCGAGCUGGUCCAGCGAAAGGAGAAGGAGAUCGGAUGCGAUGUGCUCACCCACCAAAAGUGGUCUGGCGCUGCUUACGUGGAUCGCAUGCUUCAGGCUGUCAGUUCCGGAAGCUCAGCAACACAGUCAAUGGGUGCCGACAGCACCGAGCGAUCGUUCUGA